AAUUAAAGAGUUAAAAGAAAAAGAAAAUGAUACUAAAACACCUAAAAUGCCAAAACGUCCUUUAGAAAAUGAUGAUAUACCAGCAAGAAAUUUAGAUAAAGCAGAACAAAGUCGAGAUGAAUCAGGAACAUCUGAUAAACAAAUUAAUUUUAUUAUUACUCAAUAUAAAAAAACAUUAUCUAAUAUUGAUUUAUUAAAAUUUUUUCCUACAAGAAAAAAUAAACCAGUUGUAAAAAUUAUCAAAGAAGUAUAUGAUAAAAGUAAAGAUAAAAAAUCAUUGUUAGAAGUACUUUAUUUGAAUUGGGUGCUUGGUAAAGAUGAAAAAUAUUUGUUGAACAAGAAAUUUACAAGAAAGAAGAUAGAUGAAGUAAAUAAUUUAGUAAAAGAUAUUAAUAAUUAUCUUUAUGAAGAACCACAUAAAAAAGCAAUGAUGAAUCAAGAGCGAUUAGAGAAAAAUAAAAAAUUUAAAAAAUUAC